CCAAUAAUUUCCCCAUCCUCAACUCACUAUGAGUUUCUGUGAAGCAAAAGCAAAACCUAUCGCAGCACGCUCUAUCAUCUCUCUCAGUAAUGGCAACCACAUUCACGUUUUUCCGACCAACCAUGAUCCGGGCCUCCGCUGGUUCUCCGGGCAGGCCCGACCCGAGCAACAGGAAGCCCGUUUCCUCCAAUUGGUGGGCUCCGCUGUUCGGAUGGCCCGCGGAUCCGGACUACAUCGGCCCAUCGCAGAAGACGAGUUAUCAAUCGGAUCCGGAGCGGGAAGUGGGCCCGGGCCGGCCCAGAUCCAAAUUCGCAGCGGGGUGCUUCACGGAGAAGAAGGCAAAAGAGCUGCGGAAGAAGACCGUGGAAACGUCGACGUUUCACGACAUCAUGUACCACUCCGCUAUUGCGUCCAGGCUCGCGUCCGAUGUUUCUAAAGGGUACGAGAAAUAAAUGUUUGUUUUCUAAUUAAUGUUUUCUACCCUCAGACUCACUCAUCGUUGAAUUUCGUUUUAAUUUCUUUCAACUAUGAACUAAUGGCCUAUUCAUGAUUUGGGACACACUGUAAUUAACCUAUGUGCGUGAUUUGUCUCCUUAUGUUCUAUUAGUGUGGUUCUCUCUUCCUUUU